AUGAUUAAAACACUUCAUCAAUUCUAAAAAGCAUAUAGGAAGAAGAGGAUUUGGCAAAGUGAUUUUAAUUUAACAUAAAUAGAAUAGUAAUUACAAUUUGAAUAUAUUAAUAGAUUAAUUAUUAUAUGCUAUGAAGAUAAUUAACAUGAUAAAUCUGAAUGGAUAAAGUAAUUAUUUGAAAUUUUGGACAAGUCCUUUCUUUGUUAAAUUACAUAAAACUUUUCAAACUUGAUAGAAACUUUUGUCGGGGAAUAUAUAAGUAAAGGUGAACUAUUAUAUUAUUUGAAACAAAAUGAAAAAUUUUCACAGGAAAUAGCCAAGUUUUAUGCUGCCUAGAUAUUAUUAUCUUUAGAAUAUCUAAAUUAAAAUAGUAUAGUAUACAGAGAUUCUCAAAGCCAUAAAAUAACUUAUUUUAGAAAGGAUACAUCAAACUUAUAGACUUUGGAUUAUCAACUAUAAAUGAUGGACUGUAAUUCUCACAAUGCAGAACCAUUGAUUAUUUAAAACCUGAGGUUUAGGAAAUCAAGGACAUACUAAUAAUAUAAUGUUUAGGGUUUUGGAAUUGAACUUUAUUAAAAGUAAUAGGAUUCAAUGCAGAUCAAAUUCAAAUUCGAUAUGAAAAUAGUUCCAUUUCAACUUAAGCUAAGGAUUUGCUAUCGCAUUUACUUGAUGUGA